GACAUAGCCUUUAGAUCAGUGAAUGGCGCUUUGAACGGAUUAAAUAGGUUGUUCUUCUGUAGGAGAACUUGUGCAUUCGUGGAAACUGACUUUACUUCACAUAACUUUGUUUCUCCUCUGGUAACUCGGAUCUGUACGAUGUUUCAGACUAUAAAAAACUUCAACAUCCAUUUUAACUCUUUAAAUGAGCGGAACACUAUUGGCAGUGGUGACCUGGUGACUGGACACGUCUCCUUUGAGCUCACAAAGGAGACGAAGAUCACUUCGAUAACUAUGGCUAUUAGAGGAAAGGCGAGUGUCAGCUGGUUGAGUGAUAGGACACGGAAACGGUCUGAAAGGCAUCGCUACUCCGCCAAACUGGAAUACUUUGACGUGAAAAGCUUCAUCAUUCAAGACAAGAGUGCUUCUGGGAAGUCAACUAAACUACAGCCUGGCACACACAUGUUUCCAUUCACAUGUCAGCUGCCUCUGGGAGACUUCCCUCCCAGCUUCCAUGGGAUGAAAGGACAAAUUGUGUACACCAUGACAGUGGGCAUCAACAGGCCUUGGAACAUGUGCAAAGAGUUUGAGGCUAAACUGAACUUUAUAAACCGCAUUGAUAUCAACCGGCCCAUACUGGGGGCUCCCGUGUCUGGCUCCAACAGUAAGAAAAUGUGCGUCCUCUGUUGUUUCUCUGGCGAUGUCACCAUGAAAGUCAGCACUGAGAAAAAAGCCUUCUCUCCAGGAGAAACCGUGAAACUAAUUUGUGAGUUUAGCAAUGGUUCAUCUCAAAUUGUUACACCAAAGGUCAGACUGAAUCAGAGAGAAGUUUACCACACAGUUGACAAAAAUAACAGUGAAGUGCGUUUCAAACAGUUGGUGCUUGUCACUGGACGUCCCAUCAACCCUCACACCUCUGGUGUUCACAAUGAGAUCAUGCUCAGUAUUCCUUCUGAGGCAGCAUUCUCAUUCUCCAACGGCAUCAUCCUGGAAGUUGAACACCUUAUUGAGGUACGCCUCCGUGCAAGAUUUUCCUCUGACCUCAUUGUGCUGAUUCCCAUCAUCAUUUGCGACGCCUUCUUAAGUUCUCAACCGCCGCCUUACUCAGCAGUAAAUGUGUGAUUUUAUCAAACACAUGUAUCUUAAAGGUAUGUGGGACUUUUAGAGGAGCUGACCAGUCUCUCAGACAAAAACAAAAUGCACUACUUCCACUCCUCCACAAACCCUCCCUCAGUGCAGCUGUGAGUCUGACUGAUCUCCAAUCAGAUUGGACUCUAUUCAUACUCUAUAUGAAGUAUUUUAGUUUGAGAAGUUUGCUCUCCCUCAGUCGUAGUCUUGUGCCUUUAUAAAUGUCCCUGAGUGGGUAGGACAGCCUCUCCUCCUCAGUGUUGUGGCAGGGUGAAUAGUCACUAAAACUUCUUUGAGUUUCUUAGCGAAAGUGAAGGAAGUGCCAUCCUGUCAGCAUAAACACAAAGGUGAGAACAACAAAUCCAGUGGGAGUUUACGUCUCUUUUGUUAAGAAAGCCAUCAUUAUAGCUAGGAUGUAUUUGAUACUCGUUAUAUUAAUGUUAAACAAAUGUUAUGUAUUAUAACUUUAAAUGGGACAUAUCAUAACCCUCUUUCACCUUUCACAGUCUGCUAUGGUCUAAAACAGCGGUGCCGUUCUACAGUCAAAAUAUAGCUCAAGCACAAAAGGAGGAUUUUGAACCGUAUAAACCAGCUUUAAUCAGCCUCUCUCUGAGAAUAUAGAUGUGGUGUGUUUCUCUUAUGUAAAUGAGCCCCUUCUUACUGCUAGUCAUCUUUCUGUGAGCACAGAUCUGUGGGUGGAACAGCCAGGUGAGGGGCAGGUAUUAUCAAAAUGAGGCAUUGUGACAUCAUAAGAAGCACAAACAAAGUACUGGGUUGGCUUAUUUCACAUUUUGUGGGUCAGUAGAUAUUCUGCAUACCCAAAUAUAUGAGGUAAGGCUAUUGAAAUAAGACUAGUGCUGUAAUACAAGUUUAUUGAACAUAAACUUUUUAAUGUCUUUCUCCUCAAUAUACUCCUUUUCUGCAUCAGCACACCGCUGUGUUCAGGUCUUCCACUGAUCAAAGCAGUGCAAUACGUCGACUUUGGACAGUUCACUCAGAACUUCUCUUCUUUUCUUAACUUCUGACAUGAAACGUGUUCCAGAUUUGACCUGAGGCGAAAGGAAAGAGCCACACGAUGCUAGAUCAGGUGAAUAUGGAGGGUAAUCAAGCACUGUGAUUUGUUUUUGGGAAAGAAACUGCUUUAUCGAGAUCGCAGUGUGAGCUGGAAUGUUGUCUUUUUAAGGAAUGAAACCAUUUUUCCACAAUUGUGGCCUUUUUCAUCGGACUUUUCCUGUUUUUCUAGAACCUGCUUGUAAAAGUGUUUAUUCAGCGUUGAUCCUUCUGGAUCUCACUCCUUGGAAAUGAUACCCCCAAUGUCAAAGAAGAUGUUCAUAUGGCUUUGAUUUGGACUUGCUUUGUCUUGCUUUCUUCAUCCUGGGUGCCAAUGGUGUAUCCGAAGAAUUGACUGCUGUUUUGUCUCAGGAUCAUAUUGGAAGAUCCAAGUUUCAUUGCAUUUGAUGACUCCUAAAAAAUUGGGUUUCUUUCAGUUUGUUCCAAGAUGUCUUCCCAAAUUUGCUUGCGUUUUUCCUAUUGAUCAGGAGUCAGAAGUUUGUGGACAACUUUGACACACACUUUUUUCAUGUUCAAAUUUUCAUGCAAAAUUUCCUUAAUGGUAUCUUCAUCAAUGGAGACCAUUUCUGCUAUUAUUCUUAUACUGGGCUGUCGUCAUUUUGUACAGUUUGUUGAAUUUGUUGAAUGUUUUCAAAAGUUUGGAACAUCCAGAACGUUCAUCAUCUUGGAUAUCCUCUCUGCUUUCACAGAAUCUUAAGUGCCAUUUAAACACACGUUUGCAUGAUAUGCAGUGUUCAUCGGACACCUCAGUUAAUGCUGGAAAAGAUUUAGCUGCUGUUUUUUUCUAUUUCACCAAAAAUUUCAAGUUAAUAUGUUGCUCAACUUUUAAGCUAAACACUUUCUGACACCUUAGCAAAAACAUGUGAACUUCAAUCAGUAGCUAGAAAUAAACUAAAGACGUCACUUAUUGGAAACCUUUUAAUGUAGAACACUGUGACUGUAAACCACGUAGUUUUAUCCUCAUAAGUGCAGUCUCAUUAUUUACUAGCUAUACCUUAUUUAUGUGAAGAAAUACAAAAAGUGUUUUUUUUUAUGAUAUGUCCCUUUUAAAUGGCUUUAAACAUAUCUAAUAGUGCAUGUAAGUGAAAGUUUGUAUGUUUUAAAUAUAGUGUCAUGACGCUUUUAUGCCUUUUAAGGAUGUCUCUUAUUCUCUGUGACUGUUCAGCUGCUUUGCUUUUUCUACCUCUUCUUUUUCAUUGUUUCCACUCCAGUAUUUUGUAUUUCUUCAUCACUGCUGCGGGCGUUAUUUGUUAUUAUGGUACGCUCAGUGGUGUCAAUUUCAGUCCCUUUAUUGCCCUUUACAAAACCUGAUGUGUGUUGUCAGGAAAAUGUUUACAUUUCUAUCAGACCUCAGGCCUUUUCAUGACAACUGUACAUUUAUAAGAGCUUUAUGAAAUCAUGUCAGUGCUCGUUGUCAGACUGAGUUUAAGACAUUGUUACACUAGAGGACAGCCUGUCAUUAUAGAAAAGGUCCUGUUGAAGAUACAGUAUUAAUACUGUAGUUCUUGAGUGUUACUCGUCAGUAUAUACCAAAUAGUAAGCCAAAAACACAAAACAUACCAUUUAACUUCCUUUAUAUCAUUAUGCUGCUCUCAGAUAAGCUGCCUUUCAGUAUUCAGAAUGUGUGUUUCAUUCUCUUUUAUCAGUAUUGGCACUAAGAAUAGUUGUAGUGUGUUCGUGGGGGCUUUCAGGGGCCAUGGGCUCGGAUAGGUAGUAUAGGUGUUUCAACUACCUGUAACUGUGUUGAAGAUGUCUCAUUAUGUCCUGGCUCUUGCUGCCCAUCAGCCGACAUAAUUGGGCUGAGUGGCCUGUGAGGUGCCCUGAUUUAGUGUGGGUAGUUUUGGCAUUGUCACUACCUGGAGGUAGCAUGUACAGAACUUGUAUUUUGGGCCGUAGCCUGUGUCAGCUAAGGGCCAUUAUGGAAUUUGUCAGUAACACACGAGAGAAUAUGGCACUAGGGGUCUCCUUAUUGAACGCAUAUGCUCUCAUAAGGGCGAAGAAUCUUGUGUAAUCUGUUUUUGCACGAUUGAAUGGAUUCAUACGUGGUAGAAGGAUGUGUUUCAGUUAUAUGUAAUUCCCAAUAAGUGCCAUUAUAAUUCCAUGUAUUUUUCAUAUAGUCAUGUAUUUCCAUUAUUACUGUUAACGUUCAGUUAAAACCUUCCUGCCUUAUAAAUGUAAAGACAUAUUUCCUUGUAUGAAAUAGAAGCUAAACUUCAAAGCAAUGUCUCAGUUGAGUGUGGUGUGAAAGUAUUGAUGUAACUGCACAUGUAUUGAAAAAUACUGUAGAGUAUAUUUAAUUACAUUUAACAUAUAUAGCAUAUGUUUUGCAUGGAUUAUUUUUUCUUCUCUACCUUUAUUAUGGACUGAAACAUAAACUGAUGUCAUGUAUAUAUACUACAUUCACUCUUCAGAACCAUUAAGGCCUUUUCUGUUGACAUCUCCGACCAGCUUUGGCUGUAAAGAGUAAGAACAUAUCGUGUUUUAGUGAAAUGGAA